GUGCUUGGAGAUCCCCCAAGAAGUCAAGCAGGAGGAAGAGGGAAAGGAGAAGGUUAAGAUGGAGUCCUCCUCCACUCCAGGCAGGUCUUGCCGACCACGUGGCCCCUCUGGCCGGGCCUCUCCCCGCCUCAUCCCCAGUCAGCCGUCCUCCCCAGAAGCAGGCCCUUCGCCACGGCUGAGGAUUCAGUCUCUUAGGUUAGGUGGGGCUGUCCAUGAGGGCCCCACACUCCUCCUCCCUCUUAGGAGGGGCCAGGCCCCUUCAGACUCUGUCCGUCGGGAGGCUAAGGCAGCACGAUGAGGAGGCUCGGGCUGGUCUGUUGUCUCCACGUGCGAGGGGGAUUCAUCCGGGAGGUUCUCAUUCAUCAAAUCAGCCACAAAUCUACUAUUUCCAUCUCUUCUCAAAAUAUUUGGAUGCCUCCGAUACACCAUCAAUUUGAAAUUCUUGCUGACAUGACUCCUAUAGCCUUCCGACCGGAACCAGACUGCUGGCCGUGGGGAGGAGGGGGACACCAGCCACACCCCCCCCACCUCCCUCCCCUGCUCCCUGGGCCCCGCCCCCUCUGUGUGGCAUGGCUGGAAGGGUUGUUCCUGCACAGUCUUGAAGGUCUGGCUCCCGCCGUUGGCUUCCAGGGUGUCUUGUUAGGAAGUCUGCAGGCGUUCUUUCCGGACCCGGUCGUGUCUUGGCUUCAGAAGAACGUAGGAUCUUCUUUUGGUCUCCAGUGUUCUGAAAUUUCGGGACGGUGCCGAUUUUAUCGUACGGGAGCUCUGCACUGGGUACGGGACUCAAACUCAACCCCCAGAUCCAGAGUCCCACACCCCACAGACGGAGCAGCCGGGCACCCCAGAGGUCCUUGCUGCAGCACUCCUCAGCCUCUGGAGGCUUCCACAGCAGAUCAGACGGAUUCUCACCACUCCCCAGGGCUGGCGUGGCUCUCAGCUCCCCAGGGCACGCCCCACCAGCCACCGGCUUCCCCCUGCCCAAGUCUGGCCGCGGGGGUCCAGUGACCCCCUCUCCCAUCUUUGGGGGCUAAAAUCUUUUCAGAAUGAUCUUUACUCCCUUGUCCAUAAACGGGCCUUUAUUGACGGUUUAGCGGGAUUUCAGGAGGGAACCAAAUUAACUGUCUGUUCAAUUCACUGUGACUGAAGACUUUAUUGCUGUAAUCACUACUUCAGGAUACGUCAUAGAGGGACAGGCUACACAUUUCCGAAGGUAUAAAAAGACCCCGUGAGAAAUAAAUCU